UCAUAAAGCUCCUAUGAUCAAGAUACAUAUGUGUGCAUGUGCAUAUAUUGCAUUGUAUUACACGUUUUAACUGUGUAAAGUAUAGCAGCUAAAUAUUUGUAAAAAACUAUCAUUCCUACUAAUCAAUAAAAAUGGCUUUUACUCUGUGGUCACUCUACGAAGCUACCUUAUUAUGUUUAAAUGCUAUUUGUGUAUUAAACGAAGAAAGAUUUCUUGUUAAAAUUGGAUGGGCUUCAUGGCAAAAUAUACAAGGAUUUGGUGAACCACCUACAACUAAAUCGCAGAUAUUAAAUCUUAUUAAAUCUGUAAGAACAGUCGCAAAAGUUCCAUUAAUAGCUCUAAAUAUUUUAACAAUAAUUGUGAAAAUGGUUCUGGGUUGAGGAAAGAAAUCAUAUACAUAUUUACUUCAACGUUAUUUUUGUCAAAUUAAAAAUUAAUUAGCAUAAUUGUCGGUAUAAUAUAUUUAAAUAUAUUUUUUUUUACAUUAAUAGUCAAACAAUCAUAAUGGACAGAAACAUUGUAAUAUAUUAAAAUAAUUUAGAGCUAAGACAAAAAGAAAGUAAAUAUCUACUAUAAUGAAAGAUCAGAUUAUAUCAUGCUAUGAUUUUGAUUUUCAAAAUUUUGUCAGUAUAUUAUACUAAAUCAAGCUAAAUAUGUUCCAAGAUUUUACAACAUAUUCUACUUUCAAAUAAACAACAAAUGUCCAUUCACACUUCAUAUAAUUAAAUUGUACUUCUGUAUUCUCUAUAAGAGAUAUACCUCAAUCUACAAGAUAAAUUAGAUCAGUCAGAUAUUUCUUAGUAUACCGUGGGAGAAUCUUUGAGACUGGACGAUAGCCGGAUACGUGAGACCUCCUUUCACUUUUUUAAGUAUGUCGAUUAUUGUAUAUAUGUAAAGUAAAACAUAUCAAUAUUUCGUAAA